AUGGGCUGGUUUACGGAAAAGUAUGCUUUGCCGGAUAUACCCUUGCCUCCGCUCUUGCUUUUUUUCUUCAUUGUCUUUCGAGUUUUUUGUUUCUCACUCUGGUUUUAUCGUGCAUGGUGUUCAGGCUGGCUGGUUGUCCCAGGCUCUUCUCACUACCAGUUUUUUUUUUUUGCUUCUGCUGCUGCUGCUCUUCUCUUCUCCUUUGCUUUCUCUGGCUUCCUCGUCGAGGCUGGCAUGUAG